UUAUCGCGGACUUUCAGCAGUAUCGCAACCCAUUUUACAAGUUCAACGACCUAUCCGAUAUCUUAUAGGAGAACAGUGUAGAAGACGAACCACUUCGGUACCAACUUGAGGCGUUCGCCCUUGCAUCCAAACAGAAAAAUGGUCCACUACGAGAAGGAGCCGCUUUUGGAGGCAGAGACUGAGAGCCUAGGACCAAUAUGCCGCAGGCAUAGGAGACAUGCAAUUGCCAGGACAGAAGUUUCGAAACGGGUGUUCGCGGCACUCGGUGGUGCAGUCUUUGUCGGUCUCUGCUUGCUGUAUGCAGGAGGCUCUUUUGAAAGCAUACAGCACCCUUCUUCAAGACCUGUGAAAGGGCCUCAAACGACUCCAAACGACCACCUGGAACCCCUCUCGAACUAUACAUGCAUUCCUGGGCAGUCAUGUUGGCCAUCCACAAAACAAUGGAGCUCAUUCAACCAAAGCAUACACGGCAACUUGAAGCUCACCGUUCCAUGGGCAGCGCCGUGCUAUUCGGAGACAGGAAAGGGAGAAUGCCAUGAUAUAAGCAAGAGCUACAUGGACGGCAUGUCCAGGACAAAACAGUACGGUUCCAUGGAGUUCCUAGAUUGGGAGACGUGCGGUCUAUCGAGUUGCUUGCUCAAUUCUUUUGCGCCAUCCUCUCCGGUAUCCGGCGAAUGCUCACUGGGUCGAUUAUCUACAUACUACGUCGAGGCACACAAUGCUGAAGACAUCAGCAGAACGUUGGACUUUGUGCGAGAGCACGGUAUUCGUGUCUCGAUAAAGAACACGGGGCAUGACUACUUUGGGCGUAGUAACGCAGCGAAUUCGCUGGCAAUCUGGACACACAACAUGAAAGAUGCGAAGUAUCACAAAACAUUCCAACCCAAAGGAUGCAAAUCGAAAUACGAGAAUGUGGGAGAGAUUGGCGCAGGAGUCCAAGCACAAGAGGCCUGGGAGUUCUUUGACCCACUUGGUAUGCUUGUGACAGUGGGCGCGGUUGGAUCAGUCGGUCUCGCUGGAGGCUUUGGACAAGGAGGCGGCCAUGGGCCUUUGGGACCUACUUGGGGUUUGAUGGUCGACAACGCCAUCGAAUUCGACGUCGUCACUGCGGAUGGCGUAUAUCGAACGAUCAACGAGUGCACCGACCCCGAUCUCUUCUGGGCUAUGAGAGGUGGAGGAGGCGGAACCUUCGCUGUUCUGGUCUCUUACAAGUUCCAGCUCCACAAAGCUGUGCCUCUCAACGUCUACAGCUUCCAAGCUCAUUUCCCAAUGCCGGAGGGCGAGCUCGAUAUCACCAAAUCAGCAGUACACAAGGAUAUCAUUCGAGCGCUCGCCAAUGACCAACUCGCGUUUGCCUCCAACGGGAUAGCAGGAUACAAUUUCAUCCUUCCAGACCAUAUGGUAUCUCUCCAAAUUGUACCCAGCUCAGAUCCAGAUCUCAUCAAGAAGGUCACUUCCAAUUGGCAUCAAUUCCUCUCGUCCUACCCUGGUCUCAACAUUACGGAUAACACAUACUACAAGUUCGACAAAUUCGCCGAGUGGCAUGAGUUCACCGAAGCUCCCGAGAUAGCUCGGAACGGCCCCGUUGGCCUCGGGCUCUCUGAAUCCGGCAGAUUUAUUCCAAAGUCGCUCUUCGAUUCCGAGAGUGAGAUCGAGAGUGUCGUGAACGCAGUCGUGACAGCAAUGCAGCUCUCCUACUCGAACAAUGGAGGAGGAAGCGCUCAACUUUACCUGACCGGGCCUGUCAAUCAACCCGACAACAGCAAGACUGGCGUUAAUCCGGCUUGGAGAGACGCAAUGUGGGAGGUGAUCAUGGGUGGUAUCUGGACAACCAAUACGCCACUCGAAGAACGCACACGAAUCCAAAAUACCAUCUCAGCGUCCAUCCAGCCAUUCAAGGCUCUGACACCUGAAGGAGGAUGUUACCUGAAUGAGGGCGACUGGACAGAGGAGAACUGGCAACAAACAUUCUUUGGCAGCAAUUAUGGAAAGCUUUUGGCUAUCAAGAAGAGAUACGACCCGUCAGGGCUGUUCAACUGUUGGAAGUGUGUCGGGUGGACGGGAUACAGCGACCCGAUGUAUUCAUGCUAUGCUCAAACGAUGAAGACACCUCUUCCAACCAUACCUCUCGGACCGGUCAGCUAGGCAGUGUAGGAGAGCACUUGAGGCGUGAAAAAUAUAUACAUGAGCGCUGGCGACUCAGGAUGUAUUCUGGUUAUUUGGUGCAUUGGCGUUGUAAGGUCAGGGGCACGAUGCUAUUCUAAUGUUUUCUGUGAGGAUUUUUGUUCCUCUUGAUGUACCGAUGCUUUAUUGUACUAUAGUGUCUGGCGAUAUUUAAUGUUCUUUGGAAUGGCUACAAGCUGAUCAACUCAUAAAUCAAUUGGCCAAAUAGCUAAUCAGAGUCAACUUACCCCAAUUUCAUCCAAGACU